AUGCCCGGCCAAGAAAUAGCCCAGCCAAAUCCGCCUCCAGACGCUUCCCACUUACCAGAUUCCUUGCUCGAGCUCAGAGUAAAGCUCAACAUCAAGGAUGCUCUUUCUAAAGAGGAUAUCAAAGCUGUACAAACUUUCAGACGUGCUGCAGACUAUGUUGCUGCCGCGAUGAUAUUCCUCAAGGACAACGCGCUGCUAGAGAGGAAGCUCACUCCCGAUGAUAUUAAGAACCGUCUUCUUGGGCAUUGGGGUACUUGCCCCGGCCUCGUACUCGUAUACGCCCAUCUCAACCGGAUUAUUCGCAAAACCGGUAUUGACGUGUUAUACGUCGUUGGCCCAGGCCAUGGUGCUCCAGGAAUUCUGUCCUGUCUUUGGCUAGAGAACUCCCUCGCACCCUACAUGCCUGAAUAUACUCGUGACAAGGCUGGACUUGUGAGACUCAUCUCCGGGUUCAGCGUUCCAGGCGGCUUCCCGAGCCACAUCAACGCGCAAACUCCAGGAAGUAUUCACGAAGGUGGCGAGCUCGGAUAUGCGCUUGGUGUUAGCUUCGGUGCUGUAAUGGACCAUCCAGAUCUCAUCGUCGCCUGUGUCGUCGGCGAUGGCGAGGCAGAGUCGGGCCCUACCGCUACAGCUUGGCACGGAUAUAAAUAUAUUGAUCCAGCAGAGUCUGGCGCCGUCAUUCCCAUCGUACAUGUCAAUGGGUUCAAGAUUAGCGAGCGGACAAUAUACGGUACCAUGGACGACAAAGAGCUCGUCGCUCUCUUCAGCGGUUACGGGUAUCAAGUCCGCUUCGUCGAAGACUUGGACAAUAUUGACUUGGACCUCGCUGCGUCCAUGGAAUGGGCCAUCUUUGAGAUUCACAAAAUCCAGAAGGCUGCUCGGAGUGGUAGCCCCAUUGUCAAGCCACGCUGGCCCGUUCUCAUCCUUCGAACGAUAAAGGGCUGGGGUGCACCGAAAAUGCUCAACGGAAAGUACAUCGAAGGAUCAUUCAAUUCGCAUCAAGUGCCCCUCCCCGCAGCCAAAAAGUCCGACGAACAACUAUCGCUCCUCAACGACUGGCUCUCAUCGUACAAGCCACGGGAACUGUUCACGGAGGACGGUAAACCUGUGGAGGAGGUGUUGAGUAUUGUUCCGGAAGGGGAUGACAAGAAGAUGGGGAUGAGGAAGGAGGCAAAUGCGAAUUUUAGGGCACUGGAUGUGCCGAACUGGAUUGAGAUGGGCGUGCAGAAGGGAGAGCAGAAGAGCUGUACGAAGGUCGUGGGCGAGUUUUUGCAUGAGGUGAUCAAGAGGAACCCAAGCACGUUCAGGAUUUUCUCUCCAGACGAGCUCGAGUCAAAUAAGCUCGACGCGGUCCUGAGAGAUAGUGGAAGGAAUUUCCAGUGGGACGUCGCUUCACGUGCGAAGGGUGGGAGAGUCAUCGAGAUCCUUUCGGAGCACACCUGUCAAGCGAUGUUGCAGGGGUAUACUCUCACAGGUCGCACGGGUUUGUUCCCUUCAUACGAAGCGUUCCUCGGCAUUGUACAUACGAUGAUGGUGCAGUAUUCGAAGUUUAACAAGAUGGCGCGUGAGACGAAGUGGAGGCAUGAUAUCGGUUCUCUGAACUACCUAGAAACUAGUACCUGGGCUCGCCAAGAACACAAUGGCUUCUCGCACCAAAACCCGUCAUUCAUCGGAGCCGUGCUCAAUCUUAAACCGCAACUCGCACGAGUGUAUCUCCCACCCGAUGCCAACUGCUUCUUGUCAACAAUGGCACAUUGUGUCCGGGCGAAGAACUACAUCAACCUAAUGGUGGGGAGUAAGCAAGAGACGCCGGUUUGGCUGAGUCCUGAGGAGGCCGAUAGGCAUUGUGUGGCGGGUGCUUCGGUUUGGAAGUUUGCGUCCGUAGACGAUGGUUUGGAUCCAGACAUCGUUCUCGUUGGUAUCGGCGUCGAAGUCACUUUCGAAGUCAUCGCCGCCGCCUCGCUCCUCCGGAAACAGUGCCCAGAGCUCCGUGUUCGUGUCGUGAACGUGACGGACCUCAUGAUUCUCCAGACCGUCGGUGCACACCCGCACGCGCUGUCGGACGAGGACUUUUACGGACUGUUCACGGCAGAUAGGCCGAUCUACUUCAAUUAUCAUGGGUACCCGCAGGAGUUGAAGGGGUUGUUGUUUGGUAGGAAGGGUUUGGAUGAGCGGGUUGAGGUGGGUGGGUAUGCGGAAGAAGGCACAACGACAAGUCCGUUUGACAUGAUGCUGGCCAACAGGACCUCGAGGUACGAUAUCGCGGCACAUGCAGUGCGCCAGGGAGGGAAGUACAAUCCGAAGGUGCAGGUUGUGGCGCAUGAGCUUGCGUCGAACCUUUUGCACCUGAAGCAGAAAGAUAGGGAUUACAUUAAUCUGCAUGGCAUGGAUCCUGAGACCACAUUCGAUACGCCGACGUUUUGA